AUGGAUUAUUCCGAGCUUGACGCUGUGCGAGAACGGCUCAAGCAGGCAGCGAGCAUGUGGGCCAUCGCUACUCCAGACUGCGAUGAGGACGAUGGUGCUGACAGCCAGAGCAGCGAUGGCGAUAGCGACGUCGGCGACGCUACUAGCGACGCCGGCGACAAUGCUACUAGCGACGGCAGGGCCCUAUGGGGGAGCAGCAGCGAGGAGACUUCUUCUGGUGCUGGGACGUCAGGCGAAGAGUCGCCUGCGGAGCAGAUCUGCGAGCGCGCAGGCCUCCGCAAAUCAGUGGACCAGCAACAGCAGCGGAAGGAGCAGCAGCAGCAGGGAUUGGGGAUGACCCAGAGACGGAACGCGAGUGCGUUGUGGCAGUUGCUGCUGCCGGGAGUAAGGCGAUAG